AUGGGUGCAUCGUCAAGUCUACUAAGUGAUCUCAUGGAGGACACCAACUUCAGCAUGGAGGAAAUAGACCGGUUGCGCAAGAGGUUCAUGAAGCUAGAUAAGGACGGGUCGGGAGAAAUAGACAAGAACGAGUUUUUGUCGAUACCAGGAAUAUCAUCGAACCCCUUGGCCGCGCGGUUGAUGGAUGUGUUCGAUAAGGACGGCGACGGCCAAAUAGACUUCCAGGAGUUUAUCAUGGGGCUAUCUGCUUUCAGCGGUAAGUCGCCCAAUUUGGACAAGUUGAAGUUCGCUUUCAACAUAUACGACAUUGAUCGAGACGGGUAUAUCGGAAACGGAGAGUUGUUUAUUGUGAUGAAGAUGAUGGUGGGCAAGAAUUUACAAGACGAAGAGCUCCAGCAGAUUGUAGACAAAACAAUGAUGGAGGCCGACAAGGACGGUGAUGGCAAGUUGAACUUCGAGGAGUUCAAAAAUGCAGUUGACAGCAAUUCGAUUGCAAACACGUUGACGUUGAACAUGUUCUAA